UUGCUUCUGUAUUAGAGUAAGCUUGCAAUUGAUAGUCCCUGAGUAAGAAAAAUGCAGUAUCUACUAAUAGAACACAGUUAUCUGUAGAAUUGCCAAACCCUCAGUUAUAGAGAGGGAAAGGGGGUGGGGAGAGAAUCAGUCCAAAUGGAGAAUUCUAACAAAUUCGUAAUAUUGUCAAGGGUCAAAUUCUAGGAACCGAAACCAAUUAUGGAAGCUUCUAGCCAAUGCUUCAGAGUCAGCAUCCCGAACACAGUAACUAAUUACAAGAUCCUUCUGAGACAAAUCAACUCAUGAAAUGAAGGAAGGAAUGGAGGAAGAAAGGAAAGAACAGGAGGGAGAGAAGGAAAGUAAGAAGAAAACCAAAAUAGAGUAGCAUUCAUAGCACCUGGAAAAGCUUUGGUUUCAGUAUUCCUACUCCUCCACAUUCCCAGCUUUCCUUAAAUGUCCUCCCUAACAGAUGUGUAGGGUGGAACUGAAAGGGUGUUAAAUGGGUGGAUCCCCGUGGCAGUGUCGUUGUAAACACUCCCUAUGAGUCAGCUAUAAAUUCAAUUCAAGUCCCCUGUCUGCUUGUUUUCUCUGCUUAUCAUGGUUACCACCAAAAUGACUGCCUUUAGAAACCCUAAAGGGAAACAGGUGGCGUCAGACAAGGUUGCAGAAAAGCUGAGUUCUACUCUCUCAUGGGUGAAGAACACAGUAUCGCAUACAGUCAGUCAGAUGGCCAGUCAGGUGGCAAGUCCAUCUGCUUCAUUACACACUACAUCCUCCUCUACCACACUGUCGACACCAGCCCUUUCACCAUCUUCCCCGCCACAGCUAAGUCCUGACGACUUAGAGCUCCUGGCUAAACUGGAGGAACAAAACAGAUUAUUAGAGACGGAUAGUAAGUCUUUAAAAUCUGUAAAUGGAUCAAGAAGAAACAGUGGCUCCUCUCUUGUAUCAAGUUCAUCAGCCUCCAGCAAUCUCAGCCACCUUGAAGAAGAUUCUUGGAUUCUUUGGGGAAGAAUUGUUAAUGAAUGGGAAGAUGUGCGCAAAAAAAAGGAAAAGCAGGUUAAGGAACUUGUUCGUAAAGGGAUACCCCACCACUUUAGAGCAAUAGUUUGGCAACUUUUAUGCAGUGCACAGAGUAUGCCAAUUAAGGAUCAGUAUUCAGAACUCCUGAAAAUGACCUCACCUUGUGAGAAAUUGAUCAGAAGAGACAUUGCUAGAACUUACCCUGAACACAAUUUUUUUAAAGAAAAAGAUAGCCUUGGACAGGAGGUUUUAUUUAAUGUAAUGAAGGCAUAUUCUUUAGUGGAUCGUGAGGUUGGUUACUGUCAAGGAAGUGCUUUUAUCGUUGGGUUAUUGCUUAUGCAGAUGCCAGAAGAAGAAGCUUUCUGUGUAUUUGUUAAGUUAAUGCAAGAUUAUAGACUUCGUGAACUUUUUAAGCCCAGUAUGGCAGAAUUGGGCCUUUGUAUGUACCAGUUUGAAUGCAUGAUACAGGAACAUCUUCCUGAACUCUUUGUACAUUUUCAGUCUCAGAGUUUUCAUACCUCAAUGUAUGCAUCAUCCUGGUUUUUGACUAUCUUUCUUACAACAUUUCCACUACCACUUGCAACAAGGAUAUUUGAUAUCUUUAUGUCUGAGGGUUUAGAAAUAGUGUUUCGAGUAGGAUUAGCACUUCUUCAAAUGAAUCAGACCGAAUUAAUGCAACUUGACAUGGAAGGGAUGUUACAGCACUUUCAGAAGGCCAUUCCACAUCAGUUUGACGGUAGUCCAGACAAGUUAAUCCAAGCAGCUUAUCAAGUCAAAUACAACUCAAAAAAAAUGAAAAAGCUUGAAAAGGAAUAUACUACGAUAAAAACUAAAGAAAUGGAAGAGCAAGUUGAAAUUAAAAGGUUACGCACAGAAAAUAGACUUUUAAAACAGCGCAUUGAAACAUUAGAAAAAGAAAGUGCUUCCCUGGCAGAUAGAUUGAUACAGGGACAAGUGACAAGAGCCCAGGAGGCUGAGGAAAACUACCUCAUAAAACGGGAGUUGGCCACCAUCAAACAACAGAGUGAUGAGGCCAGUGCUAAGCUGGAGCAAGCUGAAAAUACCAUCAGGAAGCUCCAGCACCAACAACAAUGGCAUAAAUGCAGUUCCAACUACAAUGAAGAUUUUGUGCUACAGCUAGAGAAGGAAUUGGUUCAAGCCCGACUGAGUGAAGCUGAGUCUCAGUGUGCACUAAAGGAGAUGCAAGAUAAAGUUCUGGAUAUAGAGAAGAGGAACAACUCUUUUCCUGAUGAGAAUAAUGUUGCAAGACUUCAGGAGGAACUCAUCGCUGUGAAACUGAGAGAAGCAGAAGCCAUUAUGGGUUUGAAAGAACUUAGACAGCAGGUCAAGGAUUUGGAAGAACACUGGCAGCGCCACUUAUCUCGUACUACUGGAAGAUGGAAAGACCCUCCUAAGAAAAAUGCUGUGAAUGAGUUACAAGAUGAACUGAUGACCAUUCGACUUAGAGAAGCGGAAACACAGGCAGAAAUUAGAGAAAUAAAACAAAGGAUGAUGGAAAUGGAAACACAGAACCAAAUCAAUAGUAAUCAUCUUCGAAGAGCAGAACAGGAGGUGAUCAAUCUGCAGGAAAAGGUGCACUACCUUUCUGCCCAGAACAAAGGACUGCUUACCCAAUUAAGUGAAGCAAAGCGCAAACAAGCAGAGAUCGAAUGCAAGAACAAGGAGGAAGUAAUGGCUGUGAGACUCCGAGAAGCAGAUAGCAUAGCUGCUGUGGCUGAACUACAGCAACACAUUGCUGAGCUUGAAAUCCAGAAAGAAGAAGGAAAGCUUCAAGGACAGCUUAGCAAGUCUGAUUCUAACCAGUACAUUAGGGAACUGAAAGAUCAGAUAGCAGAGCUGAAUCAUGAGCUCAGGUGCCUAAAAGGCCAGAGGGGCUUCUCAGGCCAACCUCCUUUUGACGGAAUCCACAUUGUCAACCAUUUAAUAGGAGAUGAUGAAUCAUUCCAUUCCUCCGAUGAAGAGUUUGUAGAUAAUUCCUUACAGGAAAGUGGCGUUGGUUUUCCUUUGCACAGAUCUGUCCCAGUGUCUUUGGACCCCACUGUGGCAGAUGGUAGUGAAAGCGAAACAGAGGACAGUGUGCUGCAGACCAGAGAAAGCGAUCGAGCGGUGUCCAAGGAGCAGGCCCCACGGAGAGAGUCGUAUUCAACCACCGUCUGACCAUCACUGUGACCUAGACUGUGUUUCUUGAAGGGAUCAGUUAUUAUAUGAUUAGGGGUUUUGGGAACAUACCUGUGUCAUAUGUACAUAUAUUACGUUUUACAAUCUUACCUGCCUUUUAUCUUUGCCAAAUCUUCACCACUGAUUUUCCAUUGCCAGAAAGUAGACUGGAAUAUGGUUAAUGGGUAAAAUAAGGUUCUAACAGUAUUACUGAAUAUUAAUGUUUCUUGUUUAUAAAAUGCAACUAUAGCUAAAGAUGAGAGCCAUUUUGAAGUUCAAAACUAUGGAAAAUGUAAUUUUCUCCAGACAAGCUGCUCUUGUGCAAUAUUUUAUGCUCUGUGAACAAAUUGUAUAUUUAUGUCUAUCAAUUUGUUUUCAAGGUGGCAGUCUACAGAUGUUUGACCAAGAUAUUUGAUUUUCCUGUUUUUGUGUGUGUUUGGAGAAUAUUUUUUCACUAAAAUCACUAUUUUAUUAGUGGGUCACUCAAGAUUCUCAAACACAAAACUUUUUUCUGUAUAAUUUUAUAAAUACAACUUAACUUAUCUGUUUUGAGAGUUUUUUUGUUUUCUAAUUUUAUGUGUGUCUAAUGCUUCCAUGUAUUGGUUACUAGUCAGAAUAAUAGGUUAACUACAAAUAUAUUGUUUGUACAUAUUUAUAUAUCUGCACCACGCAACAUUGAACAUCAUUUUAUGUGAGGAACACGUAUUUGAAAAGUGACUGCUUGCAGCAUUUUAGCAGGAUGUCUGUAAAUAAUAGGUUCAAAAACUUUAAAAAUCAGACACUAAUAUUUUAAUAGCUUUAAUAUUUUGCUUUGCGUUCAAUACUGCCAGAUUCAUAACCUGUUGAAAAGCAUUAUUGAUGAUACCUUACUUCAUAUAUAUGCACCUAAUACAUUUUUCAUGAUUAAAGAGGUUAUAGCACAUUAAUUAGUGCUAAUAUUCUACUUACUAUAAUUUAAACAAUGGGCUAAAGGUUCAAGAUGCACAGCAUUUAUAUCUGCAAAUCUGUGAACAUUAUCUUCAGACUGUCUAGUUUCUAUCAAUAGAUAAAGCCAUAAGAAUCCUUUUAAAUUCUUUUGUAUCAUUUAAACUUUUUUCUUAGAAAAAACCUAAAUGCCUGUUAUUGAUAAAUUGGUGGAAACAACCAGUUACGCUUCUUCUAGGGAAAGACGAAAGGAAUGUAUUGACUGGAUGCUUUCCGCUCUCAUUUUCAUUAGCAGUGUGUGAAAAGAACAGCCAUAGACAAUAAGAGGAAAGUAAAAUUGUUUACAUGGAAGUAUAGUUUUGUAGCGUGUUACAUAUAUAACAGCGUGCAUGAAACAGUUAUGGUAGAGUGGAGAAGAGACAAAAGUAGUUUUCUAUCUAAAAUCAGAAGUUAAGCCUUAUGCUGCAGUGUGGAUUGUUUUUCCAGCAAAGCCUUUGUAGCUCUUUGUCUGCCUGAUAAAUAAGAUUGAAAACAUGCCUUCUAUGUUUAAAUUUUAGUGGUUAAAUUCUACUGGUUAAGUAAUUUACCUGUGGUGACAAGCUAAUAAUUAGCAGAGCCAAGAUUCUAAUUCAGAUCUCCCUGACACCAAAGCUUUUUAAAAGGGUCAACUAAUGAAUUUUUCAAUUACCUGCUCUUCUGACAAUAUGACUCAAAUAAAUUUGAUUUAAAUGUAUUUCCUGAAUAUCUGCACUCAUAAGCUCUAUACAACUUAUGAGUAUAGAGUCUCCUCUUAGAAUUGAUAUCACUUUCUAGAACCGUAGUGCUUUGAGAAUUCUCCUUUGAAGCUCUUUACUGUCAGCCUAGAAGGCUUUCAGUGCCCAAGUUUUAAGUAAGGUAAGACUCGUGGCUCUAUUAGUGUCUCAAUCCCUACAUCAGGAAGUCUGAAUUAGGCUGGAGAUGUAAAUCUGGUGGAGCAUUUGUCUAUCAUGUACAAGACGCUGAGUUUGAUCCUCAGUACUGCAGUAAGUAAAUCCAAUCCAAUCCGAUCUGAGUGAUCUGUACAGGAAUCUGCAAACUGCAGCCCAAGGUUAAUUCCAAUCAGCUGCAUACUUUUGCUUUUUUAAACAGUUUAGAAAAAACUCAAAAGAAUAAUGUAUUGUGACACAUAAAAGUUGUAUGAAAUUCAAAUUUCAGUGUCCUUAAAGUUUUAUUGGAACAUACCUAUGCUUAUCUGUUUAACAUAUGCUGUGGCUGAUUUUAUACCAUAAUGGCAGAGUUGAGUAGUUGCAAUGGAGACCAUAUGGCCCACAUAGCAUAACUAUUUACUCUCUGACCCUUGACAGAAAAGAUUCGGUAACCUUGACCUAGAUACUCCAAAUGUUAAUUUUACUGCAUUAGUUGAGCUUAAUAGAAAAUCAAGAAAAUUUUAAAAAUUGCUUACCGGUGAGCUAAUAAUUUGAAAUCUUAAAAUAUCCUCAUGGAUCAUACACUGCAGAAUAAUUCUAAAUGGAAAAUGUGCCAACUGUUUAUAUGCAACUUACUGUUCUUUGUUUUGUGGUGCUGGAGGUUGAACCUGAGCCUCAUGCAUGCUAGGAAGGCACUCUAUCUUUGACCUACAUCCCUAGUUAUUUUAUAUGAUAAAGCCUUUGAUUUUAUUAAAAAAAAAAUCUGGAAGGAUACCUAUACUUUUGGAGGAGGAAAAAAAAAAGAAUGAAUUCCAGAAUCCUGACCCUGUUCAAUCACUGAUCUUGAUCUCUAGGAUGUGCUUCAUUUAGUAAAUAUUAAUUUAACUUUAAGAACAUAUUUCUAGAAUCAUAUUUGAAUUCUGAAUUUUGAAAGAUACUUUUAGAAAAUUUCUUAAGUACUUUUUCUAGUUAGGAAUUGAGUAUAAAAAGAAUGGUGGUUAAAAAAAAUGGUGGUAAGUAAACCUUAAUUUGUUGAUAUUCUUAUAAUUUGGACAGUGAAAAACAAGAAACAGCAUUUCUCAUUCAACCUCUUUUAUUUAAGCUAGGCACAGUACCAUGUACCUUUAUCUCAGCUGUUGAGGGGCUGGGAUAAGAAAGUCGUUUGAGUCCCAGAAUUCAAGACUACCCUGGGCGAUGCAGUGAGACCACAUUUCAAAAUGCACUUUAGAAGAAUUUUAAAUCUUCCUGACCUUUAGGAUACAACAGGAAAAUAUGCCCUGAUUUGACUCUGUUUUGUUCAAGUUAAUAUGUCUUUCAAGAUUUCGAGGGCAUUAGAUUAUGUUCUAAUAUAUUUUAAUCUCUGAUUUUUUUAUUUGUUUCCUUUAAAUGUCAAUCACUUAAACACUUAGCAUGGAAAAGUGUUAUGGGGAAAGAGUGAAUGAAAUGACUCACAAUAGAAAAACUUGUUCCCUUAGAUUACCUUCUUGGUGUCAUUGCCACCCUAGGUUGAUACACUGAGAGCAGAAACCACAAGUGAUCUGAAUUACGUGGAGAUUGCGUUGAAGUAUUGAAACAGAGUGUUCAAGAAAAUACUUCAACAGACUUUUUAAAAACUAGUGGCAAACUUUUUUUUUCUUGGAAAAAGGGUCAAAGGUACAACUUUACACAGUUUCUACUUUUUUAUUGGUAGUGGUGGUUUGUUUGCUUGUUUGUUUGUUUGCUAGACAGUAGCCGUGCAUUAUUUACUGACUAAGACAUCAAGUUCCAAUUAACUAGCCAGUUACUUUUCCUCAGCUCCGAACAUGAUGUAGCUUGUUACUCUCCAGAUAGUGCCUUUGAUUGAAAAUAAGGUCUAGACAUUUUGGAGUAUAUUAUUUCUGACAUCAUAAGAAAUCAUUUGAUCCCUAAUUUAUCAUUCACAUAAUACACUAUAAUAUUCAGAUUUAAAGUAUUAGUAUAUGAAUUCUUACGCUAAAGUUCUUUCAUGAUGAGCUUGACUAUUGUAUCAUACCAGAUACUGACAGCUAACAUUUUGUGAAAUCAGUGACUUACUUAUUAAAACAAUAAGUCUUAGUCUGAAAGUUUUGCUGCUUUACAUUAUCAAAGUGUUGUUUUAAAAAUAAUUCAUUUUCAUUUAAUUCUGAAAUUGUAGAAAUUAAAAUUUCUAGUUCAAAGUAGAGUGAAUGCUAUUUAUAAUCCAAGUUUUUAUAUCACAUCCAUUGAUUUACACAUCCCUUCUUUUCACUCCAAAGAAGAGAUGCUAGAAUAAUAUAUUCAGUAUACUACAGAGAUGCAAAGUUAUAAUGUUAUUUCAUUUUACUGUUGGAAUUUUUUAUUAUAACAUUGUAUGAUAACCUGAAAUGUUUACUUGUGCCUUUGCUUUAAACAAUUAAAGUUUUCCAUUUUAUAAGAA